AUGCGGGGGCGCCGCCGCGUGGUGGCAGCUCAGCUGACUGGAUACUCUGCCGCCGACAGCGCGGUGGUUGGGCGACAAAUGACUGCAGCAGGAGAUAGGUGGCGGAGCAGUGGCUCAGUUGGUGAGUCGCCGCCGCCGUUCCAGUUUUCGACACCCUCGCCCCCGUUCGCCUAUUGCCCUUCUCGCCCAUCGCCCUCCUCUGCUCAGCUGCUCCUGCCCAGGACCCAGGUCUGCUUCUCGCCUUCUCCUCAUCUCCUGGCUCGGUGGGCGGUGGCUCCUACUCUUCAUUCUCGAUCAGGGAUCAGCCGAUCUGAUUCACAUAUUCAGGCAGCAGCUAUGAAGAGAAAAGCAGGGCCAAACACCAUUAAGAUUAAUGCUUUUUUUAAGCGGGUUGCUUCAAGUUCUCAACCUACUGAAAUUGUUGGUGAGGCGGAUGUGCAAGUUACAAAUCCGAGUCCAGUUAACGCUUCUGAUCAGGAUAUGCCGGACGUGGUAAAUGUUGCAGAACAAGCAGAAGUUAUAACCACACCUUAUCAGAGAGAUCCUGGUAAACGUUGCCAAAUUUGGGAGCUCCCACCAGACAAGCAAGAUGACGCUCGGCAUUUUUAUAUAUCUAAGGGAGCAUAUCGACCGGAGUUGGUAGAAUACCCAUUUGAUGAAAAGUCUAAACACCGUCGUCGAUUUCAAAAAGAUUGGUACACAAAUUUCUGGUGGCUUGACUAUUCAACACACAAUGAUAGCGCAUAUUGUUUGCCGUGCUUUCUCUUCUCAAAAAAACCUGUUGGGAGAUGUGGGUCUGAUACAUUCUCGGUCAAGGGUUUUAGAAACUGGAAAAAGGUUAAUGAUGGAAAAGCGUGUGCUUUUUUAACUCAUGUUGGGGGCCCGGACUCUGCUCACAACUAUUCCGCUCGGUGCUAUGAAGAUCUCAAGACCAGUAUGGCUCAUAUCGACUAUGUGAUGGAAAAGAGAAAUGAGAAGGUAGCUACUGCUACGAGAUUGAGGCUUAAGACUACCAUCGAAGCCAUGAGGUGGCUGAUAUUCCAAGCUUGUUCUUUUAGAGGUCAUGAUGAAUCUGCGGGGUCUAAGAACCAAGGAAAUUUUCUUGAAAUGGUUAAGAUUCUCGCUUUGUACAAUAAGGAUGUCGCGGGAGUUGUUCUGGAAAAUGCUCCAGGUAAUGCAAAGUAUACAUCCGGAGAUGUUCAGAAAGAGAUUGUUGGCAUACUUGCUCUAGAAGUGCAGAAAGCAAUUAGAGAAGAAAUAGGUAAUGCGAAGUUCUGCAUAAUGGUUGAUGAAGCUCGGGAUGAAUCAAGAAAAGAACAAAUGGCAGUUGUUCUUCGGUUUGCCAACAAAGAAGCAGAAAUAAUUGAGCGUUUCCUUGAUCUAGUUCAUGUUAAUGACACUGCUGCCUUAACUUUGAAAAAUGCAAUAUGUAUUGUACUGUCAAAUAAUAACUUGAAUGUACAAGACAUCAGGGGCCAAGCAUAUGACGGUGCAAGUAAUAUGAGAGGGGAGUGGAAUGGACUGAAGGCUCUUAUUCUCCGUGAGUGUCCAUAUGCCUACUAUAUUCAUUGUAUGGCUCAUCAAUUACAAUUGGCGCUUGUUGCUGCAUCACGAGAGGUACAUGAGGUACAUAACUUCUUUCAGAAUGCAAAUUUUGUAAUAAAUGUUGUUAGUGCUUCUACAAAGCGCAGCGAUGAGCUACUAGCAAACCAAGCGGAGGAAAUUGCUCGUGAAAUUGAGUUGGGAGAGCUUGAUACAGGCAGAGGGCAAAACCAAAUAGGAACCUUACAGAGACCAGGAGACACAAGAUGGAGUUCACACUAUAAGUCCAUACAGAGCUUAAAGAAGAUGUUUGCUGCUACAGUUGCCGUCUUAAGAGAUUAUGAAGAUCACUGAUGUGUUGUGUCGGAAACUCCAAUACAAAUCUUUGGAUAUUUUAAAUGCCAUAGAUUCUGUUUCUAACACAAAGGUCCUACUUGGUGAGCUAAGGGAACAUGGUUGGGACUCUCUUUUAGAGGAGGUCAAAUCUUUUUGUGUGAAGCACGAGAUUGAUAUCCCAGAUUUGGACCGCAAGUAUGUUGAUGUUACCAAAUCUCGAAAUAAGCAUGACAACACAACAACGCUCCACCACUACAAAGUCGAUGUUUUCAGUGUUGCAAUUGAUCAACAACUGAGUGAACUGAAUGAUCGAUUCAGUACACAAGCAACUGAGCUCCUUACUCUCUGUUCAUCAUUGGAUCCAAGGCAUGAAUCUUUUGAUAUCCCAAAGAUAAGCACUCUUGCAGAAAAAUUCUAUCCUGCUGAUUUUUCAAGUCAAGAAUUAGCUCAGUUGGAAAGUCAGCUACCUCAUUUUCAGCUAGAUGUGUGCAACCAUCCAGAACUGAUGACUUUGCCAUCUAUUGCUUGUUUAACCAAAGGGCUAGUUAAAACCGGAAAAGCUUCUUCAUAUCCAAUGGUUGACAGGUUGCUGCGACUAGUUAUCACUCUCCCAGUCUCAACGGCAACUGCAGAGCGGGCUUUUUCAGCUAUGAAAAUAUUCAAGACACGUCUUCGAAGUAAAAUGGGAGAUGAUUUGCUUCGCCAUUGCAUGAUAAUUUACAUAGAAAAAAAUAGCAGCUAAGAUAUCUUCUGAUGAAAUUAUUAACAUUUUUGAUCUUAUUAGUAGUCGUAGAGGCCACUUUAAAUUAAUAGAAAUGUAAUGAUAUUUUUAUGUCACUUUAGCAAAACCUUGUUCUAUAUGAUUUGUUUUGUAUUGGAUAAUUUUUUUUC